AUGAAUAUUUUCUCUCACCAUCUCCUUGCUAUGGCUCUCGGGCUUAUCCCUGCCUACGUCGCAGUAGGCAUCUCCACGGCUGGGCUUAGUGACAUCUCUAUAGGUUAUUCCACAGGAGGAAAAUCUAUCUGUGUCUCCGGCUAUACCAAGAUCCCCAUCUCUGUCAACGGUACCAAAUUGGACUACAUGCCGCCUAGCGCCGACGCCGCAGUGAUCGAGUCUAUGGUGGAAAGGUUUCAGGCCACCAAUAACUUGCUUACUACUGUGCCAAAUGGAACCCAACUUAUCCAGGGAGACUAUCAAAUAUACUGCAAACUCUGCCUUCCAAAUUCAAGCUCAAAAGCAACCAGUGUGAAGACCGUUCAGUUGCUGACACACGGUGCGCCAAUGGACCAUUCGUAUUGGGACAUUAGUCCUGGCCACAGCUACAUUGACGCUGCAACUGAAGCGGGUUAUGCAACUUUGUCUUACGACCAAUUGGGAGUUGGCAAAUCAGAUCACCCGGAUCCAAUUCAGGUAGUACAGGCUACCAGCCAAGCUGCCAUCACACAUGCCCUCGUACAGUUACUGCGGGGUGCCAAGAUUGGCAAUUACAAAUUCCACAGUGUGGUCGGCGUAGGCCACAGCUCUGGCAGUACCAUAACGCAGGCCGUCACUAUUCGAUACCCGAGUGACUUCGAUGCGGUGAUCUUGACAGGUAUCAGCAUGACUAUCGAGUACCUCGCUAUCUCGGUGGCUGCUUUCAACCUGAUCCAAGCAAACUCCGACUCUUCCGGUCGCUUCGAAGAGUUACCUGAUGGCUAUUUGACCCCGCAGACCUCAGCGGGAAUCCAAUUUGCCUUUUAUCGUUGGCCAAAUUACAAUACCACAGCCUUUAAACACCAGGUUGCCAACAAGCAGACCAAUACCAUAGGUUACAUGCUCACCAUCGUUGGAGCCUUCGCCAAAGCGCCUGAUUAUGUGGGUCCCGUAGAUGUUGUGCUCGGUGAAAAUGAUUUUUUAUUUUGUGGUGGUAACUGCACACAUCCUCAAAAUCAAGCUGCGCUACUUAGGUCUACAAACUACCCCAAUUCGUCUUCGGGCAGUCAGCACUACAUUGUGGCGGGUUCCGGACAUUGUAUCAACGCACAUAAUAGUGCCAGUGCUGGCUUCGAGCACAUGAUCAAGUUCCUACAGUCGAAUGGAAUUUAUUAG